AUGCGGCUGCAUCUCUGCAUCAGACAAUCCAAGGGUUGUAAUGACCAUCGUAAUCCUGAUGAAUUUUUAACUAUUGUGGAAAGUUUGAGUUUUUACAAUUUAGCUAAAACACCAAGAAAUGGCAAUACUUUUCCCAAUAUUAUUAGCUGUUUAAUAUAUCCAAAACAGCAAUUUAUGAAGAAUGAUCAGUCCAGAUUUUUUAGAAUUGACAAUUUUCUUGAAAGCAAAAAAUUAUUAAAGACUAAUGAAUAUUUAAAAUGUGAGAAACUAGAACAUUCAGAUAUUAUUCAUCAACACAGUAAUUUGCAAUUAAUUUAUUAUAUUUCUGGAUAUGUGGUAAAAAAGUUUUUACCAAAAACAUCCUGCACUGAUUGUAAAAAGUGUCUUGAUGCAAAAUCUAUUAAUGCAACUGAUAUACAUCCAGAAUGUGCAGGAUUUACAAAGGAGUUUGAUAAAGGAGGAUUGAUAUAUCCUUCAAUGCCACUAUUUUAUCUUAUAUGUGAUAUCGAAAAUUUAUUUACAGAGUGUUUUAGUUUCAACAAAUUACAUGAAGAGAGUAUACUUGAUAUUUUAUCUAAUUUAGGAAAUAAAAAGACAAGAUAUGUAGGUUGUGAUAUUCAUAAACUUGCUUUAACUGAAAAAAUUGUAAGAUUUUAUAUUAUAACGAGAAUGCAUUUUUAUUUGAAACAAAUACAGAAAUGUCAGGAAGAAAAAAGAAAAAAACAAUAA